AUGUUUUGUUUCCGGGUCAUGAGGCCCUCCUCUCUUUGGCACUGAUAGUUCUUCUCCUCUAAGCUGCAAACUGCCAUCAAACAACAAAGAGGAAUAAAAACACGCCAACAUUUAUAGAUAAAUCCGACAUGAGAAGAAUAAUCUCAGAGAAAGCGUUUCCGUUUUCCGUUUUUGAUUCUUAAAUCGGUGGAAAAUGUCCGGAUAUCAGGAUCCCGAUGAUGGAGGAGAGUUUAGAGAGCAAACAACAGAAUCUGUGAACGAAGAGGAGCUCCACCGCCACAGUAAACCUCUGAAAGAGAUGUUAAAGGUCGAAACCGAGCUGGAUGGAGAAGGUGAGUUUACUUUUGUUUAUUAGGAACAUGAAUAUUCUGAGGAGCUGAACCUUUACACCGCAUUAGCCGCAGCUAGCUCCGGCUAAAAACAAAAACAGAAUUAAAACCACAAUGUAUAAAUGAAUGACUGAUCAUGUGUUAUUUUGUCAGUAAAACUCACAUUUGGUAUAAAAUUACCUCCUCAUGUAGAAAGAGAGGAAUUAUUCCCUUCCAGGUGUUUUGGUCUAAAAUGUGACCAUGUUAACUGGUGACUUUCAGCCCAAAGUUAAAGUGGUUUUUAUUGUUAAAACAGCCGCUGAAACCCCGAACCUGUUUCCAUUUUUUCAUUAUGAUCUCAAAAUACAUAUUCCAUUUCAUUUUAUUAUUUGUUUCGAACAUGUGCAUGCAACACCAAAAGUAAACUGAAAACAAACAUGACCAGUGAGAAUAUUCAAAACAACAAUAACAAUAAUCAAAGCACAAAGGUCAAAAUAACAUAAAAUAAUACUAUACAUAUAUAUUAAUAAUAGUGCAAACCCAACAUGUCCAAAAAGGAGCAGGAUGAAGCAUUAUGCUUUUUUAAAAACCUACCCCUUCUCCUUGACUCAAUAAUGACAGUCAGUCUCCAGCAAAAUUAAAUUAUAUUAACAAAAAACAAUACAACAUAAAUAGAAUAAAUAAGUAUAGUAAUCAUUUGAGAAAACACCUGGUAGUUAAAGCCCUUCUUCCUCCCUGUACCUGGUGAGAACCGUGUUUUUGUACCGCUUUUUAAACAGGGUCAUACUUGGACAAUGCUUGAGCUCAGACAGUUUACUUUUUACAUGUUUGAUAUGAGACUUCAAGUUUAUUUUAUCAUCAAUUAUCACCCCAAGAAACUUGUUUUCAUAUACUCUUUCAAUAUCCACCCCGCCUACUUGUAUCUGUACUUGUGUAUUUCUAUUAUGAUUGCAAAAUAGCAUGAAUUUGGUUUUACCUAAAUUUAAUGAUAAUUUGAAAAGUAAGUCUAAAUCUAAUGUUUAACCUAACAUCCUGAAGAGGACAGAUGAAACAUAGAGACAUUAGCUGGGACUGAACUUUGAUGGAUCUGCUCCUAAUCUUUUGAAAUAAAAAAUUAUGUCACGUAUCAGAAUUUCAAGUUUUAUAUGAAUAUGAACUCAAAACCACUUUUAUCUCUCUCUGUGUUUCUGAAGUGUUUCCUGCUGAUAACGUCCAUCAGCUGACUGUGAUUAUUAAAGAAGAGCCUCCUGAACAGCAGGAGUGGAGUCCAAGUCUGGAUCACGAGGACACCAAACCUCUGCUCAUCAAAGAGGAACAGGAGGAGUUCUGGAGCAGCCAGGAAAGAGAGCAGCCUCAAGACCUGGAUGAGGCUCAUACCAUCAAGUUUCCAUUCACUCCUGUCACUGUGAAGAGUGAAGAUGAUGAAGAGGAACCUCAGUCUUCACAGCGUCAUCAAAGACAAACUCAGCAGAUAGAGACUGGGGCUGACAGAGAGGUCUGUGGAGGACCAGAACCAGCCAGGAACUCAGACCCAGAGAGUGAUGACGAGUCUGACAACUCUUCUGAGGUUGAGACUGAAGACAGUGAUGAUUGGAGGGAGACCAGAGAGCAUAAGAAGUCAUACUGCUGCUCUGUGUGUGGGAAAAAAUAUUACAAAAAGUCCUAUCUAACAGCUCACAUGGAACACCACACUGUGGAGAAACCAUUCAGCUGCUCUGUGUGUGCUAAAAGGUUCAGCUUUGAGGAAAAUCUGACAGAACACAAAAGAAUUCACACUAAAGAAAAGACCUACAGCUGCUCCGAGUGUGGUAAACGAUUUUACCGGAAGUCUGGUCUGACGGGUCACGUGGAGCACCAUAUUCGAGAGAAACCCUUCAGCUGCUCAGGCUGUGACAAAAGAUUUACUCUGAAAGUCAACCUGACCAAACAUAUGAAAGUCCACACUAAAGACCGUCCCUUCAGCUGCUCGGAGUGUGGGAAAACAUUCCUUUACAAGUCUGCUCUGAAAUCUCACAUGGCAUAUCAUAAAGAAGAAAAACCGUUUGGUUGCUCUGAGUGUGGCAAAAGAUACACGCAUAAAGCUUUUCUCAUAAACCAUAUGAGACGUCACACAGGGGAGAAACCCUUCGAAUGCCCUGAGUGUGGAAAAAGAUUUAACCAUAAAGGAAAUAUGACCAAACAUAUGGUUGUUCAUGCGGGAGAAAAACCCUUUGAAUGCCCAGAGUGUGGGAAUAGAUUUACCCUGAUAGGAAGUCUGAGAGACCACAUGAGACUUCACACAGGAGAGAAACCCUUCGAAUGCCCUGAAUGUGGCAAAAAAUUUAACCAUAAAGGAAAUAUGACCAAACAUAUGGUCGUCCACUCAGGAGAGAAACCCUUUGAAUGUCCUGAAUGUGGGAAAAGAUUUAAUGACAAAGGAAAUAUGAAUAAACACAUGGUCGUUCACAUAGAAGAGAAAUCCUUCUCCUGCGCUGAGUGUGGUAAAAAAUAUCAACACAAGUGUACUCUGAGAGCUCACAUGGCACAUCAUAGUAAAGAGAAACCGUUUGUCUGCAGUAGCUGCGACAAAAGAUUCCCUUUGCCCUCUCUGCUAAAAAAACACAAGUGUCGUCGCUCAAAUUCAGCAGGUAAGUCGCAGGCCGAACACACAGAAGCUGUGGUCCUCAAUGUGGACGGCCAGGAUCCAAAGCCAACCAGCGACCCUCUGCCCCACGUCCUCCCCUACUCAGUGGUCUAUCUUCAGAAUUAAGACUUAAAGUUCAUCAUAUAAAAACAACAUCCAAUCAUAAAAACACAAUCAUGUAAAGAGACGGGCAAACCGAGGAUUUGAGAGCUGAUAGAGUGGACUGUGGGGAAACGGAAACGGAAACAGAAACGUUGUAAGUGGAGGAGCUGGGGUGAUUCUGAGGAUCUGACUGAUGAAAUGAAAAUGAUUUUACCAUGAAGAGUUCACUGAACAUCACUGAAACGAGUGAUUUUUUUAUAUGUAUGUUACAUUUUGGUUUGCUGAAAUCAUCAUGAGAGUUUAUGAGAACUGUCUCAUUAAACCAACAGAGGAUAAUGGAACUGAAUCAUUGAGUAACGAUUGUAGUUACUAAGAGAAAUACGACGUUUAUUGAAAAAAAAUCCUUUUUUGUACUUUUUAAAAAUUUUCCUGGUUUUUUAUUUAUUUCUGAUGUUUAUUCAUGUUCGGAUUUUUAUGACGAUUAAUAAUUCCUGUUACACAGUGUCAUUGUGUAAAUGAUCUUCUCAUGUAAUGUGUCUCGAAAUUAUUCUCAAUAUAUAGGAGCAUAAUCAGACAAGUAUUUCACAAAUCCAAUAUCUAACAUAUAAAUAAUUCUAGGCCUUAACAAAAUGUUCUGAGCGAAUUAUUAAAUCUCUCUUAAAGUCUGAAACCAGAUGGACAUUUACAAACUGCCUUUUGUUGAUUUUAAUUCCAACUGAGCAGAUCUGUUGACUGUGAAGUUGGGCUGUGUUAGAAAUACAGUAUUAGAUUUGUUUGUUUAUAACUUAUUUACUGACAGCACUCUGAUUCAAGUCUGAUCGGUCGUCUUAAUGACAAUGAAAUAAACGACAGAACUGAGCUCUCUGGA